AUGGAGAGACAGCAACGGGCAUAUGCAAAGAAGUUCCAGGUGGAAUACCCCGAGCGGCUGGAUGGACUUCAUCUGAGCCUCCUUUUGAAUACGCCGCUCUUGAACCUGAUGCCGAAAAGGGAUGUGCACAUUGACAUGAUCCAUCUGGAGAGAGAAAGGCAGAAAUUGUUAGUGGACAUGGAAAAUGAAAGAAGUAUAAAAAAUAAAGAAAAGGUGAAUAUACUGAGUACAUACUAUACGGAUAAUGAGCAGUUAGUUUACUCUACACUGUCUCCAUUUAUUGAGUUAAAAAAAUAUUCUUUUGAGGGGUAUGUCAUGUCCACCUUUGCCAUUAAGGUAAACCCCUCUUAUUACUCUGCGUGGAUAUACAGGAGGAAGUGCCUGCGUAAACUGAACAUGAAUUUGCGAAAUGAAUUGCUCUUUACAAAGUGUAUUAUAUGCGACAAUAUAAAAAGUUUCCAGAGUUGGUUUCACCGUAGGUGGCUCGUCGAGUAUAUUUGCAAAAUGGCAAGGAGGGGUGUGCGCCGGGGGGAGAAAGACGUCGGUAGCUGCCCCGUCAGUGCAGGGCACCGCCAAGGGGAGUGUCACUCGGGGGGGCACAAAAUCGACUGGAACAGUUACGACUUGGAGGAUGAGGAGAACUUCAUCAGCAGCGACGGCAGCGAUGGAGGCGAUGGAAGUGGUAGCAACGAUAGUAGUGGUAGUUUUGGCCGGCCUGCUGAUGAGCACUUCCAGGAAGAAGACGCCUUUUUAAGCAACUGCGAGGAGGCGGACUUUGAGGCGGAAAAAAAAGAUGUAGUCAUUCUGCACGAAGAUUUGCAAAACCUUGUUGAAAGCUGUGAAUUUUUUAAAAACGCUUUAAGGCCAAACGAGGAGACGAUAAACAUAGAUGAAUUUUUAUACGAAGAAAUGCUUUACAGUAACUGCGACAUAUUUCUGGACGCAAAAAAUUACAACUCCUGGGCACAUAAAACAUGGCUAAUUGAUAAAUUAGGCAUUUUUAACAGUAAAUAUUUACGUGAAAAAUAUAAUAUCAUAUCGCAUGAAUUUAACUUCAUAAAUUAUUUUUUAAAACAUGACAUUUACAACAACUCCGUAUGGGUGUACAGAUAUUUUAUAUUGAACAAAUUGAAAUACACACGUAAGUUACAUAAAAUGGAGAGGGAAAUUAAAUUCUGCUUAAAUUUUGCCAAACAGUUCCCUCAUAAUGAGGCUAUUUUCAAGUACCUCUUUCGCGUUAUUUUCAUGUAUACCGAUUUGUACAAAAAAAAAAAAAAAAAUGUGACGGACAUUUUUGAAAUUCCGCUACUCCUCAAUUUGAAAGAACAAUUGGCCAAACUGGCAGAUCAGUCGAAAUAUGUUUUGAUUUUUCUCUCGGAACUUUACUCCUUCAAUGGUCAGUGUGACCAAGAAAUGCAGUGCUACAGGCAUCUGGAAAAAAACGACAACUUUAACGAUGCUGUGUGGAGAUACAGAAUUGAGGAAGUCCAAAUGAAGCAACCACGUGAAGGGAAGUCGAUGUGA